AAAAAAAAAAGAAAAAAAAAACCUUGUGCAACAUAAUCCUUCGCAGCAGUGAAUUUGAUGCCAGAUCGGGGACAAAGGAGCAGCAAAGUUGCGCGGUGAGCAGCUCCGGGCUGGAAUAAGAGGCUUUAACGCACUGGCGCUGGCGGCGUCAGCCACGUUUCCUCACACAUUUGAACGGGAAACUGGGAUUUUCUGCAAGCACGGCGUUUUGACAGGGAACUUCUCGUUGCGUCCUAACUGAUGAUUUUAUAUUUGGACCCGUGCUGUCAGCCUGUAACGGGUUUCUACCAAAUAUAGCCGCCGUGGGAGCUGGAGCGCCCUUGAGGAGAGGAGCUGGAUUUGAUAUUCACACCGCUGCCAAAGUUUCUAAUUAAAACGCUGAGAUCCUUUCGAUCUUGCGGGGUAUUUGCAGGCCAACUCUUUUUUUCUUUUUUUAAAAACUCUAAUCGGAUAAUUAUACAUCUCAAUUGGCCCGUUUUUUCCUACCUUGGCGCAUGUUUAUCAAAGCCGCCCAACAGUAGCCAUUUUUAAGUCUCCGAUUUUCCUGAAGCUGCUCAACCUGCUCUGCGCCUCAUCCUUAACCUGUGUGCGCGCACACAUCAUUGCACAAUUUCCCUUUUUCCUCUGCCCGUUGCUCUCGACCUGAGCGGGACCGCUGCGUGCCUGGGGACGCGGUGCCAUGGCGCGGAUGCUGAUCGUCGCCGUCUGCCUGUUGGCUCUCGGCAUGGCGGUGGGCAGGGCUGGGGCUGAGGGUGGAAACCAGCAAGCCAAGGCGGAGAGCCCGCCGGUGGUCACCCUGCAGACCCUGAUCGCGGGAUCCUGUCAGGAGAUCCAGCGUUACGCGGAGUCGGUGCUGGGAGCCGGCGUGAUCCGUUCAGCUGCCGAGUUUUUGGAGACGGUGAUCCGAUUCCUGGCUGAAGGAGCGGCCAGCGGCCUGAAUGUCAUCGCCGUUUACGUCACAGAGAUCCUCAGGGUCACGGGAUUCGAUGUUGCGCUGACACUGCCCCGCUUCACUCCGGAGGGCGUGACCGCCGUGGCCCAGUGGGGUCUGGUGGCCCUCAUCGGCUACUGGGUCCUGACCGUCGUCCUCCGUCUGCUGAUUGGUGUGGUAAAGCAGGUGUUCUGGGUGGUGAAGACGGUGCUGGCGCUCUGGUUGUUCGGACUGAUCGUGACCGACAAGCACGCCGCCGCGGACACCACGGCCGUGCGAUUGGGCGGCCUGGUGCUCACAUGCGUCCUGUUGACUCUGCUUACCUCUGGCUCCGAUAAGCCCCGUGCGGUGGAGGACCGCCUGGACAGCCUGGAGGGGCGUCUGAAGGCGGUGGAGAAGAAAAAAGGGGAAUAGGGAUGAUGGAUAAAAGUGAUGAUGGUAAAAUAGGCCGAGAAAGUGGCAACACUAAUGAUUAAUGUAUCUGUGAGAGAUGUUGGGAAAUAAAGUAAUCUCUGGGAUUUUUAAUCAGAUAGGCUUUUUUUGUUCAUUUCCUCACAUGGCAAGAAACAAUAACAAGCAGCUGAUUCGAAUCACA